UCUUAAUGCGCGCUCUCUCUUUUAAUGCUCUCUCUCUCUCUCUAGGAGUGAUAAGUGUGCUAGAGAGAGAGAGAGAGGGGGGGGGACGAGGCUUCGGCGAUCGGGGCGAUCUCGGCCGUUGAUUUGGAUCGGGCGGAGGAGCCGGGGUGAUCGGACGGAUGUCGAUCGCUCUGGAGAGGGGGGGAGGGAUCGGAGGGUCGGGGUUCGCCCGGGGGGUCAACUGCUUCGCGGCGUACGAGGCGGAGGCGCCGGCGCCGGCGGCGGAGGGGUCGGGAUCGGACGAGGGGGAGGAGGCGGAGGUGCAGAGCUCGUACAAGGGCCCGCUCGAUACGAUGGACGCGUUGGAGGAAUCGCUCCCGAUCAGGCGUGGCAUCUCUAAAUUCUACUGCGGCAAAUCAAAAUCGUUCACGAGCCUCGCAGACGCCAUAUCAUCAACCUCCGCAAAGGACCUUGCCAAGCCAGAAAACGCCUAUACUAGGAAGAGGAAAAAUCUACUCGCCUUCAGUAUCACGUGCGAAAAAUCACGUAAUGAAGACCUUAUAAAAAUGGAAGGUGGCAUAGCCAAGAAGCCAGCCAAUUCUAGCAGAAGCACGGUAAACCCUAUAAGCAGAAGCAGUUCUGGGAGCAAUAGCAGCAGCGGCAGCAGUAGCGAAGAGGAGCAUGAGCCGCCCCGGCGGCUCCCGCCCCGCCACCCACAUGGAAAACCUGCUAGUAAUGCCGCAUUUACUUCCGCAUUCAGCCGCUCAUCGCCUCAAACAUUUCCCGUACCUAUGAGAUCAUUCUCAAUGAUCGAUCUACAAGGCGCUGGUAGUUCGAGCUCAUCAAUUGGCUCCAAGGUUAAGUCCAAGAGGGAUUAGCGACUCGAAACUUCUUUCUGAUGACUUGGCUAUUACUGUACAAUUUUAAGCUCAGUUGGCCAAUGUUGUUUCUUCAGGUAAUAAAACAGGGAGGCUGAUAGAGAGAAGGUGUUUAUAAAGUAUGGAGUUGGGAUUCCCUCGUUUAUCUGUAUUUUGUACAUGAAGUAGGGUUUGUUGUAUCAGUUGGGCUUAAGAUGCUUAAUUUCUAUCAAACAUGAAAGUACUUGUUGCUCUGUGCUUUGCCCUGGGGUCUUGUUUCUGUUUGUUGGCAUGUUUUCAUUUAAUGCCCUCAUGUGCAUAGGAUUUUAUAGGUUUGAGUCACUGUUGCUUGUGUGGUUGGUAUGCUAAUACGAGGUUGAAAUGAUAUUAUGUAGGUGGUUGGUAUUUAUCACUCUUUUCUUGUAGGGUUUAUCAGUUAAAAGGCAUUGUUGCUGAGUCUCCUAAAAUGAUGUUUUUAUACAUUAUUAAUAAAUUGUUUGAAAGUUAUUGAUUCA